AGCAAGUGUACUUGGAGGCUUCUGGCUCAAGGCAGUACUCGCAGUAAGUUUGUUGGCGCCAGCGGCAGCGCGAUCCUUCCAGGUCUUAUUGCGCAACCUAAUUCUCAUCGCGUGUCGCUGACGAGCCAUGGGAAGUGUCCUCGGCAAGUGUUGCGAGUUCCUUGGGUCGGCCACGGAGUCGACGCAGCAGGGGCCCACGGCAGACCCAACCGGCCCCGCAGCAGACGCUGCUGCAAUUGUGGCUGAUCACGCAGGGAUUUCCGACCCGUCCGAGAUCACAUGGGAGGUGGCCACGAAGAUGAAGGAGUGCCUGGAGGAUUACCCCAACAUCAUCCAGUCUGACAGCUCCACGCUGCAAGAGUUUGUCAAUGUGGUUGCAGAUGUUCUCCAGGGAGCGAACCUACGCAUCAGCCUCGCGGCCCCGAUCGAGCUGGUCUGCCGGGCCGUGGCGAACACCGCCAUCAAGGUGACUGACGGCACGGACGUCGGAGAGGUUCUGAGCAAAGCUAUGCAGAGCCAGCAGAACAUUAUCCAGAGAGACGUCGAGGCCUUGCGCGAGAUGCAUCUGAAGAGUGCCAUGGACGAGAUCGAGGUGCUGGCCGCAAUGACCAAGACGUUGAUGGAGCUCAAGGCGGAAGGGUCCUCAAAAUUUGAGAAUGAGCUCACGUUCUACGUUCAGAAAGCGAUCUCGGCAGAAGGGCGCGCGAGGGACGCGUUCAACGUUGCAGAGGGUAAGCUGGACGAGAAGGUCCGCGCAACGACGCUGAUGGCGUCGGCGAUGAUGGCUCAGACCUUGGACCCGAAGCGGGAGAGUCGAGUCAUCGCCGACCAGCUGACCCAUGCCCUGAAGAAGCUCUUCAACGACGAGGACAUGCAGGUGCUGAUCGGCCAGGAGUGCGGGUCAUGGAACAAGGUGCUGUGCUUCAGGGAGAGGCGGCAGCGUCGCCUCCGGGAAGCUUUCCAAUGCCUGGUCCACGUCGAGGGAUGGAUCGCGCAGCACGCUCCGGGGCGGCAAACCGUCCUGAGCAGCUUGAACAAGCCCUUUGACAUGAAUCGCAUCGCCCAGCAUGGCAUCCUCGACCCGCAAGGCAGCACAGUGGGCGCGCUCGCUCGCCUGGCCGGCGGGGAGGAGCACAGCGACAUGGAGCUCAGCAUAUUGCAGAGCUACUGCGGGCAAAGGCCGAAGAUGCAGGCGGCGACAGCUCUCUCGGGCUCCGAGGACAAUACCCUGAAGCUGUGGGAGCUCUCCACGGGGAGGUGCCUCCGGACCCUCGAGGGCCACACGGACGAGGUGAUGUGCGUCACCGCGCACGGCAAGGACGGGGCCCUCUCGGGCUCCCAGGACAAGGCCCUGAAGCUGUGGGAGCUCUCCACGGGCAGGUGCCUCCGGACCGGCCACACGGGCUGGAUGAACUGCGUCACGGCGCCGGGCGAGGACGGCGCCCUCGUGGGCUCCGAGGGCAAUGCCCUGAAGCUGUGGGAGCCCUCCACGAGGAGGUGCCUCCGGACCCUCACGGGCCACACGGCCUGGGCGUGGUGCGUCACCGCGCUAGGCAAGGACGGGGCCCUCUCGGGCUCCAGCGACAAGACCCUGAAGCUGUGGGAGCUCUCCACGGGCAGGUGCCUCCGGACCCUCGAGGGCCACACGGACCGGGUGACUUGCGCCACCGCGCUGGGCGAGGACGGCGCCCUCUCGGGCUCCGACGACCGCGCCCUGAAGCUGUGGGAGCUCUCCACAGGCAGGUGCCUCCGGACCCUCACGGGCCACGCGAGCGCGGCGAUGUGCGUCACCGCGCUGGGCGAGGACGGGGCCCUCUCGGGCUCCAUGGACAAGACCCUGAAGCUGUGGGAGCUCUCCACAGGCAGGUGCCUCCGGACCCUCACGGGCCACGCGGGCGCGGUGAUGUGCGUCACCGCGCUGGGUGCCUCCGGACCCUCACGGGCCACGCGGGCGCGGUGAUAUGCGUCACCGCGUUGGGCCGGGCCCUGGCACGCGACGCGUAGGGACGGAUCCUUGAUCCGCCGCCGCUUUUUCGUGAGCUCCGCCGUCGCGCCCUGGCGGUGCUCGGGCGAGCCCGCGGCGCAACGAUCUCAAGCCUCAUAUAAGUCUUCAUUGAAAUCUUCAUUUCCCCUCCCCCUCCUCCUCCUCCUCCCCCUCCUCCCCCGCCAGAUGAGGCUGCCAUAGUAGAUCGAGGAUUUAGUAACAGUUCCGUGCAAUCCCUCCAUCCGCCCCCGCCCCUGCCUCUCGGGGCCUUCCUCAUAGGACAGGGAGGCAUCGGCCGAGAACGGCUCCGGGUGAUGAAAUGUUGCGUUCUUUCCCCCCUGACCACCUCGGCCAGGGUGCUUCUGGCCGUAACCCUCUAGCCGGACUCCCACGUCGAGGACUCUUGGGAGGGAACAUUUUGAGUGAAUUGAUGUAUUGCAUUGUGGCUGCGUUGCCGUGACGUCGGCAAUUUCAUCCUGGGCAGUACGUAAUGUUGCACGGUGCGUGAGGCAUAGUGUAGCGCGGUAUUGCGCAUACA